AUGCUGGAUGAGAAUUUGCCGACUUUUGUCCUCAAACCGUCCAAAGACAAACCGAAGCAAUUGUCCACCUUUCUCUUUUCCCAGCAUGGAGCUGAUUAUGAGCCUUUCUACACGGUACGACAUCUAGACCCAGAUAACCAUGCUUCGAGAAACCGAUAUGCGGCAGCACUUUACGAUGCCUUUAGUCCCGAAGUCCUCUAUGCCGAAGUCCUGCUCAUCCCAGAAUGGACCCAACCUCCUCCUCUAUCCGAACAAGCCAGGUUAAAUGGGGCGAUCCCACCCCCUCCUGAACCCAUCCUCCCCUCCGAGUUCGUAAUACAGCUCUACAAUCCAGAUCAACAGAUAGUAGUGAGGCACAAGGCUGCGAGCUUCAACAGAUCCGCAUCGUGGGAAUUCGAGAUGCCACAACAGACCUUUCGGCCUCCAUCUGGGUCUGCGCUUGAUCGCACCCAAUACGACCCGGCUGCUUCAGAGGUUACACCCAAAAUUGUUUUCAAGUGGAAGAAAGACAGCAAGUUUUCAAAGGAUCUGGCAUGUUUCAUGUCUGGGAAGAGUACGGAUAUAGAAGGAAAGGCCAAACACAGAGACCCAGAUAUCACUGUGUCGAUAUUCAAGGCUCUGAAAGAGUUGACCCUGUAUGAGCCAAAUCUGCAGAGGGUAGAUAUCGAGGAUCUCAAAGGUUUCGAGGUGGUCCUCCUGCUUGGAGCUGUGGUGAUCCGUGAUGUGUAUUUUGGUUCUUUGAAGGAGACCUUUAAUCUCAACGUGAACAAGAAAUCCAACCCGGCUAGUCCAAGUACCGGCCCUGCAAUUCUGCAAACAGAUGCCAGACCUCAGCCAGUCUCGCCCACCCACGAACCGCGAGUGCCACCCACAGAUCCACGGACACAGUGGGAGAUUGAAGCCGAGUCUGCUCGAUUGCGGAGGCAAGCGCUAGAGGAAGAGAGACAAAGACGGCGCAGAGAGGAGGAGGAGGAGCGCUUGACUAGGCAACUCUUGGAGAGAGAAGAAAAGGAACAACGGCGAAGAAAGCAGGCGGAAAUCCAACAGGAGACUGAGCGGCUCAAGCAAAUGUAUGGGCGGGAAGAUGCAUCUGCUCGUCCAGAUCUUCCUCCUCGAGAUCCACGACAACACAGGCACCACUCCGAAGCCGGACAAUCAGCCUUUCUCGAGACACACCAAGGACAACAUCCCGUUACUCCAUAUGUGAAUGCCUGGGGGGGAUACUCAUCAGGUCCUUACAUGUCAGGAGCUGCUUCACAAUCAAGUUUUCUCGCACCUGCGCCUGCGUUGCAACCACAGAUCAAACCAAAAUCGAGCAUUUUCAAUUUCCGGCGCCGGAGCGAUCAAGAUACAAACAAGUUGCAAAGAAAGCGAAGUGCCGUGUUUUAA